CCACGCCGGGAUCUCGUUAGUCGACCGAACAAAACUCCACCGGGGUUUCGCAAGUCCUCCUCUCUCCCCCAUCUUCUCCGUCAAUUCCAAACCAACGUCUGAUUCAUUCCGACAUCCAGAAACUAGUCAGGUUGUUCAUAUGACAGAGAAAUAUUGACAGACGACGGCCAGACGGCUACGGUUUUCGGGUACGACACAUUUUUCUUCAUCGUGUUAUGGUCGAGUUGUUUCACUCGUAUGAAUAUUUGUUGUACGGCCGUAAAGGGAAAGAUAAUUGUUAACGGUGGCGUUUGUGGCGAGGUACCAUCACGCUCCAUCGGGCCACUAUCCCCAGGAGUUGUCUCCAGGUAUAUUUGACAGGAUGGAGCGAACUCUAGCCCAUGUUCCUUCCAUGGAGCUAUCCACAGAAGCUCUGCUUGUCACCGGUGGAUUGGAUAAUACGAACAAGAUGAUCACAUCAUCAGCAGUCAGGAAUGAUGACGGUACAAUGAUCAGUCAACACAGUGAGAAGGUUUCCUACGGAACCAGCGGGGCACCGGAUGGUUCCACGCCGCCAGUGUCGGCAGGCGGCGACGGCAGAGAAGGCAACGGCAUCGGAAUCGGCGGCGGUGGUGGUGGCGGUGGAGGUGGCAUGGUCGGAGACGGGACCGGCCAUUCCGUUGGGUCUUCGGGCAGCGGAAACGAUGACGAUAAACCGGCCAAGCAGAAACGCCAUCGUACUCGAUUCACACCGGCCCAACUGAACGAACUGGAGAGAAACUUUGCCAAGACACACUAUCCUGAUAUCUUCAUGCGGGAGGAGAUUGCGAUGCGGGUCGGACUUACUGAAUCUCGAGUUCAGGUAAAUAGUAUUCAGGUCUGGUUUCAGAACCGCAGAGCCAAGUGGAAGAAGCGCAAGAAGACCACGAACGUGUUCCGUACCCCAGGGGCUCUCCUACCGUCUCACCACGGACUCGCCCAGUUUCCCUCACCGAUGAACGACUCCUUCUGCAAUUUCCACGGCCAGGACACACGGGGCUGGCCGGCGAUGUCGGGUAUGACCACGCACAUGGCACCGCAUAUGACCACGCAUAUGCCCUCGCAUCAAAUGUCCCAGAUGGGUGGAGGACCAGGGACGUCGCUGGCUCUGCCCCCGUCCUUACCGCGCCAAGGUUUAGGCCAGAGCAUGCAGCAGCAGAGCGUCAACUGUUCCAUGGGUCAGACCACCGGUCUCAAUACGCUCUCGAUGGGGGCCAACGGUUCCAUGGGGUCGAUGACGUCGAUGUAUCAACCUUCGCUGCAAGGAAUGACCACGGGAAGCAUGUCCAGCGGCUUGUCCAGUCCGUCCCCGCCCAAUCUCCCCGUGACCGACGGCUCGACCGAUCUCUCAUGCAGUGUUUCAGAUGCUGGUGAUAUGUGGAGGGGUACAAGCAUAGCAUCAUUACGCAGGAAAGCUCUCGAGCACGCCGCCUCCCUCAAUGGAAUCUUUAGAUGAUUUUCUUACCGCGAAAAAUUAAAAAUUUAAGUUCAUCCGUCACAUGCGUUUCAACGUAUGCUUUGGCAAAAAGAGGCUGUACAAAUUUCUUAUCGUUAUUUAUUACAUUCUGCAGUGACUAUGUAUGAUAUCAGAUUAGAAAGAAAUAGAAUGUCGUCCAAUUCACCCUUCAGCUGAGAAAGGACUCAAAAGAAAUGCAUUUCUGCUGAAUUGGAGCGACAUUGAUUGUGUGAAUUAUGUUACAUGGCUCAUUUCUGCUUAGCAUUGACAGGUAAAAAUGAAUUAGAAUAAUGUAACAUCCUCAUAAACA